UUAGGGAAAAAUUUUCAGUUGCGGCUGGCUAGUGUGACGGUUCGGUCGGUAGCACACUCAGCAAAGUGACGGUGAAAUACAUUUCUUUUUCGGUUGACAUAAGUGUGGUUCGGUUUUGUUUAAUUACAGUGUUCUUCAAGUGAUUAAAUUGUUCGAAUACUAAACAUAAUAUUCUGGGUAAUGAAUUGCGGCCUUCAGCACUUGGGAAGGUAGUAAUAAUCAUGGUUACAUUAGCAACUAAUGUCAUUGAAAAUAAUUAAAUUAAAGUCAGUGGAAUCGAUCCAGAAAUAGUAGAAUCGCUUGACAUUUUCUGUCAGUAGAAGCUCACUGAAGGCACUUUCACACGUUUCUGCUAAUAAGAAAUGAAGGAUUAUUUUAAAGUUUACACCAAGAGGAACAUUGUCAAGCGUCACGUUAAAUAAGCAAAAAUCAAUAAUAAUAAUAGGAUUUACACCGGUGCAUUUACCGAAAUCCAAUCAGAUGCGAUCGAUAACUGGUGGUUUCACGAGUGUUGUAAUCUUGUCUAGCUGUCUCAACGGACCAGGAAGUGUGCGCCCGCGGUGGAAGGAGCAUGUUCAGAAGUGCUUACAGGAACAAAACAUAAUAAGUGGGUCGACUGACCUAUGUUGAAGCGACAGUGGAUGCAUGUAAUACGCACUACGUAACAGUGUACAUAUUCCGGUUCUGCUACUGUGGAUUAUCGUUGCUUGGAUCAUAUUCGCUCGGAACUUGUAUGCAGCUGUGGUGAAAUAUAACAACACAGUUAAACUGCACACGCGCCGUCAACUGCACUCGACCGUCCAAUUAACUGCUGCAUGGAACGAUUGUCGUGGUGAGCCGAGGUCCGCCAAUUAAGAUGCCCCACUUGAAAAUUGACACCCUUCCCGAGCCGGGCAAUCGGUACCGGCUCGGUGAACCCAUCGGGAAUGGAGUUUGCGGGAAGGUGUUCAAAGCCGUCGAUACGAAUGCUAGUAACAAGACCGUAGCCAUCAAAAUACAGCGGUACGAGGGGGAGAUGAAAACCGCCAUCCAGGAGGAGUAUCGUGUUCUUCGAGAUUAUUCGAAAAACGCGAAUCUGCUAGACUUUUAUGGUGUUUAUCGGAAAAAGAUUCCUGGGGACGUAGACGAAAUUUGGUUCAUUCUGGAGUACUGCGAGUACGGUCCAGUCAUAGAUGUGGUCAACAAAAUUCACGCAACUAAUCGGCGCAUCAACGAAGAUCAAAUUUCCUUCAUUAUACGUGAAACAGCGAAAGCCUUGGUUUAUCUUCACGAAAACCAUGUCAUUCACCGUGAUGUUAGAGGUCAUAACAUUCUUCUGAAUAAGGACGGUGAGGUGAAACUUUGUGACUUUGGAAUCGCCCGAGAUGUUAAAUCAACACUAGGCAAACGAGGAACCUGCAUAGGUUCUCCUUGUUGGAUGGCCCCGGAAAUCAUAACCAGUUCAAAAAAUAGCGAUGAAGUGUACGAUACCAGAUCCGACGUGUGGGCUCUCGGAAUCACCGCAAUUGAGCUAGGUGAUGGAAAACCACCGUUUGCCGAUAUGCAUCCGACGAGGACGAUGUUUCAAAUUGUUCGAAAUCCACCACCGACGUUGUAUCGACCGGCUAAUUGGACGCAGAACUAUAAUGAUUUCGUUGCGGAGUGCCUAGAGAAAAAUGCGGACCAUCGUCCAUUUAUGAUGGAAAUCAUUGAGCAUCCUUUCCUGACGGGAUUACCGGAAAACGAUUAUCAUAUAAGCCAAGAACUGAAGAUGCUUGCCGAUUCGGUCACGCAUGUCAAGCUUCCGGCGAAGGAUGAUGUGAAGGUAGUUAAAGAUGCUCUUAAAAAACCCGAUAACCGGACCGAAAAAAUGCAUGUAGAAGAUUUGGCUGCUUUGGAAAGCCUCACCGAGGAUACCAUCCUCGAAGAGCUGAUCCAACGGUAUAAGAACGCAAACAACUACACCUUUGUUGGCGAUGUGCUAAUUUCGAUGAAUCCGAACGAAGAAAUUCCCGAAUAUGAUCGAGCGUUCCACUCGAAGUACAUGUUCAAAUCACGCUCGGACAACGCUCCGCACAUAUUCGCCAUCGUGGAUAGUGCCUACCAGGACAUGUUGCACCACGAGGAACCGCAGCACAUCAUCAUGUCCGGUGAAAGUUACUCCGGUAAAACCACCAAUGUCAAGUUGAGCAUGAAACAUCUCGCCGUGCUGGGCGAGGGUAAUCCCGGAGUGUACAAUCGCAUCGAAUCCGGGUAUAAAGUUAUUUCCGCUAUGAUCAAUGCCGGCAGCCCCCUGAAUCCGGAUUCAACGAGGAGCAUCGCACAGGUGCAAAUGACAUUUGGCUCAACCGGGAAGUUAUCCGGCGCUAUAUUUUGGGUAUAUCUGUUGGAAAAGCUUCGCAUUUCUUCUACCAAUAUGAACCUCUCGAACUUUCAUAUCUUCUACUACUUCUACGACGCAAUGGAAGCCGACGGACGGUUGGGCGAAUUUUCGCUUAAAAGGGGCAGACACUACCGCUACCUUCGCAUUCCCGAGUCGAGCAGCGGCUCGAAGCUCAAGUACUGUCGGGACAACGUCAAAGGGAACAUUCGGGCGUUUAAAGAGUUCGAGCAGUUGUUGAUUUCGCUGGAGUUUUCACCGGAAUCGCUCGAAACCAUGAACAAGACACUGGCUGCUAUUUUGCUGCUGGGCGAAGUUCGGUUUCGGGAUAACGGCAACGUAACUGAACUGGAAAAUUUCGAAAUUCCCAGCAAAGUGGCUGCUUUGCUAAAGCUGGACGAAAAGAAAUUCCAGUGGGCAUUGUUGAAUUACUGCGUUAUUAUCAAGGGAGCCGCCCAGAAAAGACGCCAGACGCCGGAUGAGGCCAGAGACGCUAGGGAUGUGCUUGCCGCGACCAUCUACAAUCGGCUGGUCGAUUGGUUGAUUAACACCGUUAACCAGAAACUAUCGUUUGGAAGGGCAAUUUAUGGCGAUCAACACUCCACGACCAUCACCGAUCACUUCGGAUUUGAAUGUCUCCAUCGUAACCACCUCGAUCAGCUGGUUGUAAACUCAUUGAACGAACAGAUGCAGUACUUGUACAAUCAACGGAUGUUCGUCUACGAAAUGAUUGAACAGGAAGAGGAACAAGUUCCGGUGGUACAGCUACACUUCUACGACAACAAGUUGGCCGUGGAUCAUCUGAUGAAUAAACCUCGGGGUCUGUUUUGUUUCAUCGACGACGCAAGUCGUGGUCGUCACAGUCAGAGUUUCGUCAUAGAAUCAAUAAAUCAUAACAAUAGUCCGUUCAUAAAGCGCGCCAGUCCUAACGAGUUUACAGUAGCUCAUUACACCGGCCGGAUCACGUACGAUGCGAGGGAUGUGGCCGAUAAGAAUCGGGAUUUUAUUCCUCCGGAAAUGAUUGAAACCUUGCGUGACUCCCGCGAACCUAUGAUCAAGAUGAUGUUCUCGAAUAAGCUAACCAAAACCGGUAAUUUAACCAUGGCCAGCGUCGAAACUUCGGAAACAAAGAAAGAAGAACCCAGCAAAAAGAAGCGCUGGGGAGCUGCGUUGGUAGCUGAGAAAGGGAAGGGUAAAAAAAUGAUGAAUACAUUGUCGAAGGGAAUGUACUCACAGAUUCAUAAGAUGCGAACAAUAGCGAACGUGUUUCGAUCUACUAGCCUUGAGUUGAUUCGAACCCUGGCAGUUGGACCGAACAGUGGGGGAACGCACUUUGUACGCUGUAUUCGAUCAGACCUAGAAUAUCAACCGGGUGGUUUGUCGAAAGAAAUGGUCCGUCAACAGGUUCGAGCGAUGUCUAUUCUGGAUACAGCAAGGGCACGCCAGAAGGGAUACUCCCAUCGAAUUCCGUUUCCAGAGUUUAUGAGAAGAUAUCAGUUUCUGGCGUUCGAGUUCGAUGAAAAUGUGGAACUUACCCGAGAUAACUGUCGACUGCUUCUAGUGCGAUUGAAGCUAGAAGGAUGGGUUAUUGGAAGAACCAAGGUUUUCCUCAAAUACUACAAUGUGGAGUAUUUGUCACGAUUGUAUGAAACACAGGUCAAGAAAAUUAUUAAAGUGCAAGCAAUGAUGAGAGCGUUUCUUGCCAAACGAAAUAUUGCAUCCAAGUUGAAGGGUUUGCAUCGAGAAUCGGUUCGAAAACUAAAUGCUCAACGUAACCCGGAUCAAGCUGCUACGAAGAUACAAACGGCUUUUCGUGGUCACUUAGCCCGUAGAAAAUAUGGCCCUCUGAUUAAUGAACGCACCGGUCAUCUGGAUGCGGACACCGCAGCCUUUCUCAAGUCAUUUGUCUACCGUUGGAGGAAAAAAUCUAUGUAUCAGAUUCUGCUGCAGUAUCGUGCGGCCCGGUACCAGGAUUUAGUCAAUUUUUCUCAACAGGUUCACAUAUUCAAUCAACGCUUUAUGGCAGGAACAGCAACCUGCAGUAACUGUAUCAUGAUGGAUAGGAUUGACGGAAAUCAACGCAAUCGUGCUCUGCUAGGACCACAACGUUGCUCAGUUUGGAAGUUACCGUUCCGAAUGGAUGACAUUCCGUUCUUCGACACAACCUUCAUGUGUGAUCCAUCGGCCGCUUCCUCCUUGUACACUGGGAACACAUCGGACUCGGAAGACUGGGAUGCUCCGCUGAGAAGAAGAAAGAAUCUGUCUUCGGAGAUAACGCAAUCCAAUCAACGUGGGGCUUCUAGGAAUAACUACGAACAUAACUUCACCAACGAACCGUACCAUCGAGAUUCAAGUAGACCAAUUAGGAGAGUAUCGCCGGGUUACAACAACGACUAUCAGGCUCGGAGGUACGCCAGUCCGUCCCCCACCAACAUGUCUUCAGUAUAUUCACCGGUAUCCUAUGGUAUGCAGAGCAGCAACGGCAUGCGAAAUAAAUUCGGUUCUCCCGGAAUGAAUGAUUUUUCGUCCAAAUCUGGGGCCUACAAAAAACGACCGGCACCAAUGGCUCCCGGUAUGAUGUCAUCUUCGUCGAAUGACUACAAAAAACGUCCUGCUCCACAGCCAGUGAAAUCAUGGGAACCGAAACCGAAUUCUGACUACAACUAUGAAAGCAAAAUCAAUCCAAUUAGAGAAUUAGAAUCACUUGGGCGGAAGCAUACUUCGGACGAGCGUGAUCAAUCAGAUGACGAACCGCCGUUCAACUUCCAGAGCAUGUUACGCAAAACAAACUACAACCGGGCUUCGAUGAAACGUGCCACCAACGAUAACCGCAUGUCCGUGUCCAACAUUGACUUCGGUGACGGGAACAACAACUUCAACAAGGAUCGUACGAAUGAUAACGUUAUCUACCAGAGCAGAGUGCAAGACAAGCGAUCCAAAUCAACGCCCAGUUUGGUGCAAGAAAGCGCGCCCAAGAUCAACGAGCCUCAGGCUGGACCAUCGCGCAGCCGUUCGUCGGCAUCGAUGACCUUCGAUCAGAACAAGAACAACUAUGUGCAGGAGGAAAUCGCACCCGGAGUCAUCAUUGAAGGGUACGUCGCCGAACUUUGAGGAAUUCUGCAGCUAACGUUAAAGGUGUUUUUGAUUGAGUGUUGUUUGUAGUUCGUAAUUGUUUCGCAAGAUUAAAGCUCUUUGUUUGUUUCGCCA